CAACUUUGCACCAGGAGCCAUAUCACCUGCACCGCAGCUUUUUGGCCACUGAGUGCGCGAAGUCCCGUGAUGCUGGUUGGGAAUGCGGUGGCAGCAUAGCCAUGCCGGAGGGACCUCACGCAGCUUCCAUGCGCAAGGCUCCGCGGCGGCACCACGUGCGCAUGUUCAUGCUCACCUUGGUCCAGGAAGGCAUGACGUGCUGGAAGUGAAGGCUCGGGAUCCUAUGUGGCUGGGUGUUGGUGGACUACACCUCUCCAUUCCCCAGCGCAACACCUUCCUGCCGCCACGAGGCUCAAUGCUGCGAGACAGUGACGUCCACCAUCCAAGUUCAUUUGGCCAAGCCAUUUGUUGAGAUAGUCUCUAUGCCGACAGCAGCAAACUCAUGACAGCAUAGCACCAUAGAAGUCAACGGAGGCUCCAGAGUCCGGCAUGGACGGCUGCAAGGUGUACAAGUUGCGGAUCCGCGGAAACUAUGAUGCCUUGUGCCAAAAGCUUGGCCAAGAGCUCCAGCAGGAGAUUUACAGUGAGCACAUUCGGAAGAUUCAAGAAGGCCGAGCGCCAGAAAAUGCCUCUGCAGAGUUCGUGCAGGCCCUUGAGCAAAGGUUGAGCCCUCCCCAAUUGCGCCUCUUCAAUAUUUGCAGAGGCAUGAACUUCAAGAACUAUACCUGUCGGCCUACUUGGGCGGGUGGUGCCCAUAUUUUUGUGACUCCGGCCGUGGCGGAUGAAGUGGAAGAUGCAUUUGAGGGAGUUGAGCUGGGGAAAAGUGACGUAGUUGUAAGCCCCGAGCAUUUGGCAGUUGUCCUCGAGGCCUUGGCAGAAGGCAGUGGUAGCAGGAGAUCUUGCGCCUAUGUGAACGAAUCAUCCUCUACCGCCCAUCCUUUGAGGGUCUUUUCUGCAGUGGAUGCCAAGAUGGCAUUCACCAGCCUAGACCCCCUGAGCUUUUGGCCUGGCUUUGAGGCUUGGGUUCAAUCCAGCUCAUUGGAUAUCGUUGAGGCCGCCUCUGAGUACAGCAUCGCUGUUGGCUCCAAGUCUGCUAGGCUCACACAUUCAACUGGCUCUGUCCCUCGCUGUGGAGAGAAGUCCUGGGGACAUUCGAAUGCCUGCGUAGCAAGAUCAAGCCAAGAUGGUGUCAGCUUGGGGCCUAUUGCUUACAAAAGGUUCUCUCUAGCCGCUGGCUUGGGGGAGAAGGAAGCAGGCAUAUCAGAAGUGCGCACGGAACCCACAGAUCUUGACACAGAGACGUGGGAGCACGGGCCGGUGAUGGAUGUGGGCACCUUCUUGGAAAGCCAUUUUCAGUCGGACCUGCGGCCCAUCCUCAAAACUGGCCAGGCUUUUGGCACCUAUGUGAAUAAUCAUUUUGGGCGCAUGACUUCAGAUGUUGUGGUUCCAUAUGUGGAGUGCUUGCCCUUGGAAAGCAGCCUGGCCUCUGCAAAUGGCGAUGAUCAGUCUUCUUUGAAGAGGGUGCACAAGCUCAUGAAGUCAGCUGUUAAAGAUCUCUUCAGCGUAGAGUCUUUGCAACUCUUUUUGUGCAGAAGCGAGCCGCCGGAGGAAACGCCCCCGGCAUUGCUGCAGGCGUUUGAGGAAUCGACCCACAUCUUGGCCAAGAGUAUUGCGGAAGUUGCUGAGGACUUUAAGGCGUUGCUGAGUCAGAAGUGGCGUCAGUGGAAGAAGAGCGGAAGGCAUUCAGAUGCUGGAUGCCAUGCUGCAGCUGGAGACUUGAGAGAGUUGUUUCGGGAGGGUGCAGCCUUGGUGUGCUCCAAAAUAGACAUCCAGAGAAUGGCUAUCCUUGCUUGGCAAGAGCAGAAUGAGUCUCGCAGGCACAGGAUGAAGAACCAGGAAAGGGCGCAAGAAGAUCAGGUUGAGGUUGCGAAGGGCAAAGCCAAAGGCAAAGCCAAAGGCAAAGGCAAAGGCAAAGCCUAUAAGACGUUCACGAAUCGCCAGGGCGCAAGUGACAGAAAGGCAGGGCAGAUGGACGAGUCUCACCAGGCUUGGCGCGGGGAACAGGCGAGCAGAAUUAGCCGCCCGAGAAUCCCUGUAAACGUUCUGCGUUGACUUUGCUUGGCUGAAGUGAUCCCCAGGGAGCCGGCAAGCUGCACUUGAAUUCACGGCAUUUUUGGAGGCAUCGGCGGUGGCAAUGCCUAUCCAUUGCAUUCGCAAACAAAGCUGUAGAGCGAGCCAA